AUGGAGAUGUAUGAUGAUGAACGUUGGGCUCGUGGAGCGGCAAGCGAUUUAAGAAAGUUAGUCAAGGUAAUCAAUUUAACAGAGGACAUAGUCAUCAAGGUUCUUAUCAGGAUAAUAAGCAGGGUUCUCAGUCUACAGUUGGCAAUAGGGCACAUCAAUCUGGAGUUGGUCAGGGACGUGAGCAGAGGACACAUGCAGGGAAUGCUCGGUAUAACCAGAUUAGCACUGAGCCUAUUACCACUCUUUGUCAUCAUUGUGGUAAGCCACAUAAGGGCACUUGUCAUUGGGUCACUGGAGCAUGCUUUGGUUGUGGACAGCUGGGACACCGUAGACAGGACUGUCCUACUAGUGAGACAACUCAGGGUGCUGGUCAAGCAACACAUUCUGCUCCCUCUCGAGUUCAACCAGCCACAAGAUAGUGGUAGAAAUCAGGGUUUUGGUGCUCGUGGACAGGGUGGUAGAGGUUCUGGUGGUAGAGGAUUUGCUCAAACUCAGGGACAGACAUCUGGUGGUAGAAGUCAAGCUAGAGUUUUUGCUUUGACUCAGCAGGAUGCUCAGGCAUCUAAUGCAGUAGUGACAGGUACACUUCCUAUUUGCUCAUUUGAUGCUAGAGUACUGUUUGAUCCUGGUUCCAGUCAUUCCUUUGUUUCUCCAUACUUUUCCAUGAGAUUUAGUACACCACCUACUUUGUUAGAGUAUCCUUUAUCUGUAUCAACACCUAUGGGGGAUGCAAUAGACACUGAUAUGGUGUAUAGGGGAUGUAUAGUUCACAUUGGAGAUAGGGAAUUAGCUGCAGAUCUUGUUUCUUUGGAUAUGUUUGAGUUUGAUGUGAUUUUAGGCAUGGAUUGGUUAGCCACUUAUCACGUUUCAUUGGAUUGUCAUAAUAAAGUUGUACUCUUUAAAAUUCCUGGGGAGGCAGAAUUUCAAUUUCAGGGAGAUCGCAGUAUAGCCUCUAGUAAUCUUAUCUCUGUAGUGAGUGCUAGACGAUUAUUGCGAAAGAGGUGUAAAGGGUAUCUAGCUUAUGUUAGAGAUGUUCAGGUAGAAGGUGCAGGUUUGGAGAAUGUUGCAGUGGUUAAAGAGUUUCCUGAUGUGUUUCCAGAAGAUUUAUCAGGUUUACCCCCGGAGCGAGAGGUAGAGUUUGGUAUAGACUUAGUUCCUGGAACUGAGCCCAUAUCUAUGCCACCUUAUCGUAUGGCACCCGCAGAACUUAAGGAGUUGAAGGAGCAACUACAGGACCUACUAGAUAAGGGGUUUAUUCGCCCUAGUGUUUCUCCAUGGGGUGCUCCUGUGUUAUUUGUACGGAAGAAGGAUGGGUCUUUGAGAAUGUGCAUUGAUUAUAGGCAAUUGAAUAAGGUAACUGUGCGUAAUAAGUAUCCUCUUUCACGCAUAGAUGACCUGUUUGACCAACUUCAAGGUGCAAAGUAUUUUUCCAAGAUUGAUCUUCGAUCUGGGUAUCAUCAAUUGAGGGUCAAGAAAGAAGACAUACUCAAGACGGCCUUUAGGACUAGGUAUGGACACUAUGAAUUUCUUGUAAUGUCUUUUGGUCUUACCAAUGCUCCGGCCGCUUUUAUGGAUCUCAUGAAUAGAGUUUUCAAGCUUUUCUUAGAUCAAUUUGUUAUAGUGUUCAUCGAUGACAUUCUAGUGUACUCAAAGAGUAAGGAGGAGCAUGAGCAGCAUUUGAGAAUUGUCCUUCAGACUUUAUGAGAACACAAGCUAUAUGCCAAGUUCUCAAAAUGUGAGUUUUGGUUAGAUAGUGUGGCUUUCCUAGGCCAUACAGUAUCUAAGGAUGGGGUGUGCGUUGAUAAGAAAAAAGUUGAAGCAGUGCUUCAUUGGCCUAGACCCACAACUGUGUCAGAGAUUCAUAGUUUCUUGGGUUUAGCAGGGUAUUAUAGACGGUUUGUUCAAAAUUUCUCUCGUAUUGCAGCACCUUUAACUAAGUUGACACAGAAGAAUGUGAAAUUUCAGUGGUCUGAGGCUUGUGAAAAAAGUUUUCAGGAGCUUAAGACUUGUUUAACUACAGCACCAGUGUUAGCCCUUCCAUCUGGAUCAGGGGGUUAUGUAGUAUAUUGUGAUGCUUCUAGAAUUGGUUUAGGAUGUGUUUUGAUGCAGCAUGGACGGGUUAUUGCAUAUGCUUCUCGUCAGUUGAAAAGGCACGAGCAGAAUUAUCCAACUCAUGAUUUGGAAAUGGCUGCAGUAAUUUUUGCUUUGAAAAUCUGGAGGCACUAUCUGUAUGGUGAGACUUGUGAAAUCUUC